AUGAAGUUUGUAGCCCUAGUAUCUGGAGGAAAGGAUUCAUGCUUUAAUAUUCUUCACUGUUUAGCAAACGGGCAUGAUCUUGUUUGUUUAGCCAAUUUAUAUCCACCUCCAACCGGAGAAGAAGAGAUUGAUUCAUUCAUGUAUCAAACUGUGGGUUACGAUGCCUUACGGUACUACGCGAAAUGUAUAGGUAAGCCAUUAUAUUCGCAAAUGAUAACUGGUACUGCUGCCAACAAAAAAUUGGAGUACGCUAAAACAGAUAAUGAUGAGACUGAAGAUUUAUUCAAGUUACUAAGCUUAGUGAUAAAGAAGCAUCCUGAUGUUGAGGCUGUAAGUGUAGGUGCAAUUCUCUCAAAUUACCAACGAACCAGGGUUGAAAAUGUUUGCAACAGGUUGGGUUUGACAAGUUUGUCGUAUCUCUGGCAACGAGAUCAGGCUGAGUUGAUGCAAGAAAUGUGCAAAUCGGGGCUGGAGGCAAUUCUUAUAAAGGUUGCAGCCAUUGGACUCAAGGAUAAACACCUUGGCUUGACUUUACAGCAAGCAUAUCCGAUUUUGUCUGACUUAAACUCCAAGUUUGGUGUUAACGUGUGUGGAGAAGGAGGUGAAUUCGAAACCUUAGUUUUGGAUGCACCAUUUUUCAAGUAUGGACGAUUAGUGAUUAAGGAAAAAGAGGUUGUGAGACACACGAGUGAUGAAGUUUGGUAUUUGAAGCUUAAAGUUGAUGUUGAGGAGAAGGUGCCGCCUUUACCUGAUCCAAAAACCUGGUUGCAAUACAUUGAACAGCCACCUCUUUUUGCCGAUCCAUUUUUAGAGUUCGAUAAAGGAUCCGAAGAAGUCCAAUGCGCCGAAUCAGUUACCACAAUUCCAAAAACUUACAAGUCAAAAGCUUGCAUGUGGACAGCGAAUUGCAAGCUGGUGGCAUCAAAGAUUUACAUCGAUAACUUGAGCUCGACCGCUGAAACUGUGAGCCAGCAAAUUAGAGACAUCUUUGAGCAGUUCUCUGAAUUUUUGGCUUCAUCUCAUUGCACAUUUGCAAAUGUACAGUCUGUGGAUUUGUUCGUUAGCAAUAUGGACAACUUUAGUGAAAUAAACGGCAUUUAUAAAAGUUACUUCACAAAGCCUUUGCCUCCAGCACGCUGUUGUGUUCAGUCGAGUCUUCCAGAAGGAAUUUGUGCUUUGAUGUCUGCAAAAGUGAUUCCAGAUAUAGCCCAAAAACUCGGACUCCAUGUCCAGAGUCGGUCCUAUUGGGCACCUUCUAACAUUGGUCCAUACUCUCAAACUAUUAUGGAUUACAGUGAGGGAACAGCAUACUUAAGUGGUCAAAUUCCUCUAAUUCCAAAAGGUAUGGCAUUAUGCUCAUACCCACAAGAUAAAUCAACUGCAUUGGCUCUUCAGCAUCUCAGCCGUGUUGAGGAAGUGACUGGCUAUAAUGAAACAUUACUCCUAACAGCAUACAUUAAAGAUGCAUCUUGGCUUUCUACGGUGGUGGAAAUUCAGAAGAAAUAUAUGGGAGAAAGCAAGUAUGCUGGUAAUUUUGUCAUAAGUCAGAUUGAAGAAUUGCCUAAGAGUGCUUCUGUUGAAUGGAGUGGGAUAGGCUAUAAGAAUAAUAGCAUGUAUGAUGAUGAUGAUACGAUCAAAGUUAAAAAUAUUAGAGAUAGAAUCCACGUGCUUUUCACGGAUAGCUUAGAUCAAGCAAGCCUUUCUGCCGAGUCGCACUACACCAUUUUUUGUAAAGCUGACAACCUUAAGCAGCUUGUGAGUCUUAGCUAUGAAUUUGUUCCCUGCAUCAAUGUUUACAAUAGUGAAAUGAAGAAGUUUAAGUACGCAAUUGUCCAAAACUGA